GCCAGUCUGGAGUGUUUCCGCCCUUUCCGCCUCCCUCCUCCGAGCGCCUUAAACUCCGGGCGUACAGCUUCGCGGGUACUUGGGGGGCGGGGGACAGGUCUGAUGAGUAACCCCUCCCCCCAGGUCCCAGAGGGAGAAGCCUCUACAUCAGUCUCCCGGCCCAAGACUUCCAUGGCCUCGGCUUCCCGCCGCCAACGCCGCGAGCGUCGCUUCCGCCGCUACUUGUCUGCCGGCCGCCUGGCCCGGGCCCAGGCCCUCCUGCAGCGACACCCUGGCCUCGAUGUGGACGCUGGGCAGCCCCCACCCCUGCACCGCGCCUGCGCCCGCCACGACGCCCCUGCCUUGUGCCUGCUGCUGCGCCUCGGGGCUGACCCUGCCCACCAGGACCGGCACGGGGACACGGCGCUGCACGCCGCUGCGCGCCAGGGCCCGGAGGCGUACACAGACUUCUUCCUGCCGCUGCUGAGUCGCUGCCCCUCUGCCAUGGGGAUAAAGAACAAAGACGGGGAGACCCCUGGGCAGAUUCUGGGCUGGGGGCCCCCCUGGGACUCUGCUGAGGAGGAGGACGAUGAUGAGGCCUCCAAGGAGCGGGAGUGGAGGCAGAAGCUGCAGGGCGAACUGGAGGACGAGUGGCAGGAGGUCCUCGGGAGGUUCGCAGCAGACGAUGCUGCCCGGGACACCCCGGAACCCGAGUCCUUCGCAGCCUGGUCGGACCGCCUGGCGCGGGAACAUGCCCAGAAGAGCCAGCAGCAGCAGCGGGCAGCAGGAUCCUGCCGACCUCCGCAGGCCCCGGGUGCCGGUCACAGCUGGCGACAGCAAGAGGAGGAGCAGCGACUCUUCCGAGAGCGGGCCAAGGCCAAGGAGCAAGAACUGCGUGAGAGCCGAGCCCGGAGGGCCCGGGAGGCUGGAGGGGACCGCGGGCCAGAGCCGGCCAGGGCCCGGCCGAGGGCAGAGCAGCCUGGAGGAGCGGGGAGGGGCAGCCUGUGGCGCUUCGGUGAUGUGCCAUGGCCCUGCCCCGGCGGAGGGGACCCGGAGGCCAUGGCCGCAGCCCUGGUGGCCAGGGGUCCCCCCUUGGAGGAGCAGGGGGCCCUGAGGAGGUACUUGAGGGUCCAGCAGGUCCGCUGGCACCCUGACCGCUUCCUGCAGCGCUUCCGGAGCCAGAUCGAGACCGGGGAGCUGGGCCGCGUGAUGGGGACCGUGACGGCCCUUUCUCAGGCCCUGAAUCGCCACGCAGAGGCCCUCAAGUGACCCCAGGGGAGCAGGAAACGAUUGGGUGCAGCUCGGGCAGGAGGAGAGGGCGGAGGAAGGCGAGGACCAUGGCAGCGUAACUGGGAGCGCAGGGGUGCGGCCGCGUGGGCCUCUGCCUCACUCCAUUCCGCUGUUUCCAAAUAAGCACUGCUCCACGUCCCACUCCCAGGCUCCUCUGCCUUUUUCCAUCGCUAUGGUUUUCACCACCCAUGACAUCUCCUUUCCCGCCGCCGCUGAAAGCCGCAGCUCCUACACAGCGGGUGCACACAGCAGCCCCAACCCCAGCCCCAGCCCCGCCUGGCACCCUGGGGCCGGCCCUGCCACCCAGCACGCCCUCCGCGCCCUCCGCCUUGCUGGCCUGGUGUGGGGGUCCUGCCCACCCCGGAGUCUGCGGCUGGAGAGAGAGGUGUGAACAGAGGCGAAAGGGGAACGCUACCAGUUUCCCUCCCGCCCCCCAGCUCCCCAGGCAGAACCACAUCCUCCUCCCCACCUGACACCCCUUCCCCGACACAGGGCUUCCCCUCUGCUGAGUCACUGAAUGAGCGAGUUGGGGGCAGCCAGUGUUGGGGGGAUCAUGAGGCCGGGGGAGGACAGGAUAGCAGUGGGAUGGAUGGAGGAAGAGCGGCCUGGGGAAGAAGAAUUUCAGUCGCUAAAAUUAGCAGCUGGGGAAGGAGGCGGAAAGAGCCGAAUUAUGUAACCUGGGUUCUCUGUUCUGAGGCAACCAGAGGUCCACACCCCGGGUCAGGCUGCAGGGGCCCCGUCCUCGGCUCCUCCAUCCGCCUCUGCCCCACCCCAAGCCUGGGCCUUCCCUCAGGGCAGCCCAGGCUCGCCGGCAGACGCCCCCUUCCACGGAACUGGCGGCCGAGGGCCUGAAGGCUAGAGGGGAGGGCCUGGGACUCUCUGGACAAGAGGAUCCGCCUGGCCCGCUGUCCGGCCGCCGCUUCUGCCCCAGCUGCCUGGUAACAGCCGGGAGACUGUAGCCCUGGCCGUGCCGCCAUCACCCUGAGACGGUGGGCUCAAAGAGAGAACAGACUGGGGAGUGCACAGCACCUUCCGUGCUGUGGGAGCCCCCGUCAGAGGGUCUUCCUAAGCAGGCCUGAGCCCAGGUCUCCACGGGAGGGCCCGGCAGGGCAAGUGGAGGCUGACAGAGGACGGCAGAGCAGGGGGAGCCGCCGGGGCCGGGAUGGGCAGGAGGCCCUCGGAGAAGACAGCCUGCACUUAGGGAGAGGCCAGCCGAGGGCCGGGCAGAUGUGGGGGCGUAGGGAAGGUGGGGGAGAGGAUCCUUUGAGAGGAAGCUGCUGUGAUUCAGAGAAGAGCUUCGCGCUGAGCGGCCCAGGCGUCCGGUUCCUCUCACAGGCCGGGGGUUCGGAAGUGGCAUGCAAAGAGCCCGGGUCUGGGCCGGGGGAGUCAGGGUUCAGAUCCCUGCGCUGGGUGGGGGUUGGGAAGCGACGGAAAGCGGGCGUCCACGCUUGCUCCUGCACCCUGGAGGCCCUGUAGUUUUCGGUUACAUAAUUUUCCCUUCUGCAGGGUCACGUAAAACCAGAGCAAGAUAGGCCCUGGUCCCGGGGCCCCCAGAACCCCCCUUGCCUCAACGUCCCUUCCUGGUGUCUGGCCCCCAGCCCUCUGGGGGUUCCCCUGAGAUAAAGGCUGUUCACUUUCUCUGAC